CAGUUGAAUAUACAUGGCGACAAUAUGUUUCAGAAGAAUCCUUAAUGAGAAAUAAAUAUGCGAUCGCAGGUUUGACAGAUGAUAGCGUGGAUAAAUUGCAUUUCGAACUUUACAGAGAAGAAGAUAUUAUUUACAAUGAAGAAAUAGAUCCUAUCGCACGCAAAAUUGAGUUAUCACGUAUAGUAGGACGUAAAGUUGUGGGUCAAGUGUUUGGUACUGCGGUUAGUCCAUCAUGGUGGUCUUACAUGUGGCUAAACGAGGGUAUUGCUACGUUGUUCGGCGUGUACAUAAUCAAUCAG